AUGACUGAGCUGGGUACCGGGCUGGGUUUGCCAACGAAGCCGCACUAUAUCUCACCAAUCAACUCUUGCUGGUUCGGGGGUCGUUGCGGCUCCGCGGCUGUGGUGGCCAGACCCGUUAAAGGGCCCCCCUGUGAACUCAGGGCAGAGGGGAACUCCUUUGUGGCAGUUGACUGGGGGCCCAUCAUUGUGGUUGGGGUGUACCUCCCCCACUACAGAAAUAGAGUCGGUCUGGGUAAACUCGCCCAUAUUAAAGGGAUCCUCGACAGGGUCAGGGAUGUGGCACAUCGGUGCUACCCCCGGCCCGUCGUGAUUGCCGGGGAUUUCAACGCCCACUCUAAAGAUUGGGGUUGCGAUCCCUGGCAGGAGGAUUCCCAGGGCGAGGCCCUGAUCGACUGA